AUGGGCAUUGUGACAUUUUUUGCUCUCUAUUCCAGUAUGGGACUUUGGUCCAGAAUACCUCCAACAUCUGCCAGCUCCAUCAUGAUAUUGUUUCUUGUGAAACAGUAUUUUCACUCCCAGGCCAAAGGUUCUCUGCUGGAAAAAACCACUACUGGAUGGAACAAAUAUAAACAGGAAUGCUUGAAAAUGCUGCAGGAAUCAUCUGUAGAUAGUGGAGUAUAUUGUAAUGGGACGUUUGAUCAAUUUGUUUGCUGGCCUUAUUCACCCCCAGGAAAUGUCUCUGUUCCUUGUCCUUCAUAUUUGCCAUGGCUGGAAAAUGGAAGUGUAGGACAUGUAUACAGAGUCUGCYUGGAUGAAGGGAUUUGGCAAACAAAGGAAAAUUCCACAGACAUUUGGCGGGAUAGUUCAGAAUGUUCUGAGAAAAAUCAUUUUCAAGAAAAAGAAGAAGAACAUAAACUACUUACCACAUUACAGYUGUUAUACACUAUAGGAUAUUACUUUUCUCUCAUCUCACUGGUGUUAGCUCUGCUUAUACUUUCUUUACUCAGAAAACUUCACUGCACAAGAAACUACAUCCAUAUGAAUUUAUUUGCAUCUUUUAUCUUGCGUGCCAUAGCAGUUCUUGUAAAAGAUGCUGUAUAUUACAAUAUUUACUCAAAAAGACCAAAUGAUGAAACUGGAUGGAUAUUAUACCUCAGUCCAGAGAUUGUAAUCCUUUGCAGGACUGCCCAGUUUUUCAUGCAUUACUUUGUUGGGGCAAAUUACUUUUGGCUAUUAGUAGAAGGAAUUUAUCUGCAUACAUUAUUGAUAACUGUGGUACUCUCUGAAAGACGACUGCUACAGACAUACAUUGUGAUAGGAUGGGUUGUUCCAAUCCUGUUUGUGGGCCCUUGGGGAAUAAGCAGAUCCAAACUGGAGAAUACUGGGUGCUGGGGAACAAAUGAACACAUGGGGAUCUGGUGGAUCAUCCGGGGACCAAUGUUGUUUUCCAUUGCAGUUAACUUUGGCAUCUUCUUAAAAAUUCUCAGAAUGCUGAUUUCCAAACUAAAAGCUCAGCAAAUGACUUUUCAUGACUACAAGUACAGAUUGGCAAGAUCUACACUUGUGUUAAUUCCAUUGUUGGGGAUCCAYGAAUUUGUAUUUACAUUCAUCACUGAUGAACAGGUGGAAGGACUUUCAAGACACAUAAGACUUUUCAUUCAGCUGACAAUGAGCUCAUUUCAUGGUUUUUUGGUAGCAGUUCUUUAUUGUUUUGCUAACGGAGAGGUGAAAGCAGAGCUCCAGAAGCAGUGGUCCCGUUUCYUGCUGGCAGAUCCCUUUGGCUGCAAACUCUGCUUUCUUGGGGAAAACAUAAAAUACCUCAGGAAAUGUUCACAGAAACGAAAAAAACAGCACCUCAGCAGCAAACACCACUUUUGCCUGGAGGUGAGCAAGCCCUGGGACAUGCAGCUGCAGCGGGUGCUGGGGAGGCAGAGGACAGAGCUUAAGSCAGGACACGGCUGUGUGCUCCCAUCCUGCCCACAGAUGAGCAUGUCCGACAGCAGCGAGGGAGAGGUGACCACCGGAGAGACAACUGAGGAAGUCUUUGAGGAAAGUGAAAUUUAGAAAGAGAUCCACUGAGACAGCACC